AUGCCAGCGUCACAACAAACGCCUCAGCACUCGCGACACUCGUCUGCUGCAGACGGCCAUAAUGCUUCACCAACUACCCGCAGGUAUUCGAAAUCUUCCGUCAGCGAUGUCACGACCCCAUUUCGCAACAGCCUUUCACACCAAGAUACAUUGGACAUGAGCAUACUAGCCAGCGGGGGCGGACAAGCCGGCAACGGCAUGGGGAAUUUGGCCGAUGAGCUUGCUGAUGCCUUUUCGGACUCUGGCGACGACGACGACGAUGACGGCGCACAAGGCGAAUAUUCUGGCAACCAAAAUAGUGGCAACGCGCCGAAGCAGGAUGGUUCUCGUGAUAGCGGAGUGGAUGUGAACGGUGCCGUUGCCGAACGUGGAGGGGGAGCAAAAGAUGCAAACCUUUCUGUUCCCUCCCCCUCUCGUCGAGGGCACCAUAGGACGGGAAGCGAGUACGACGGCAGUGAAUACGGCUCGGAAUCCGACCUGGACGCUGCUGGUUUCACCGCGAGUCUAAUUGCAAGAAUUGAUGCUGUUGAGUCUCUGGUUCGUCGCGGCACAGAGAGCUACGGCGGACCGGAGGAUGACGUCUUUCGGCGAGUCACAGACAGUUUGCGUGAUCUCGGGUCGCAGUCAAGCGUCGAGGGGAAUGCGUCACGACUCAUUACUGCGCAUACAGCGCUCACUACACACCUUGCACAUCAAACCCGCCAGCUCCACAACCUGACUUUCCCUUUGCUGUCACCUUUAGCGCCGACGCCUGAUCUAGAUACCAUCGACGACCUGGUACCGCUCCUAGUUUCGCUGCUUGAGGCUAUGCCGACGCCUUCGACCGUUGCCUUUAACUCUCUAACAGCACUGCAUUCUGUCACAGCUGAACUCAUACAGACCUUGAGCUAUCUAUCAGAUACUCUGCAUAUGUCCCGACAAACAAUUACCACUGCAACCCGCAGACUGAAGAGCUCAAAAGAACUUGUUGCUGAGCUUAGAAAAGACGAUGAGCUGCGAGAAGAGGGAGAAAGAUGGCUUACGAGGGGCAAUUGGGGAGAGAGGUUACAGAAGCGAGAGUGUGCGGGAGUUUGCGGAGACGUUAUUGGUGGCUUCGAGGCGGUGUGUGAUGGCUGGCGGAAGCGUCUUCUCGCUCAAGCAGAGUCUACAGCUUGA